AUGGCCGACAUGAAGGCAUGGCAGCUCGCCACGCCCGGCGAGGUCCAAGACACACUCAAGCUCACGACGGUCGCGCGCCCAGCGCCGGCCCUCCAGCCUUCCGAGAUCCAGGUCCGCGUCAUCAGCGCGGCCAUCAACCCAGCCGACCACAAAGUGCCAGCCAUGGGCUUCGGGGCGCGGGCCAUCCUCCCCUUCCCCAAGACGGUGGGCAUGGACCUCAGCGGCGAGGUCGUCUCGGCGGGCAGCGCCGUGACGGACGUACUCGUCGGCGACCGCGUCAUGGCGCGCCUGUCGCCGCUGCGCCGCCCCGGCUCCCUGUCCGAGUACGUGACGGUCCCGCGCGACGGGUACGCGCGGCUCUCGCGCACCGUGGACCCGGACGUGGCCGCCGCCGUGGGCACCGCCGGGCUCACGGCCUACCAGAGCAUCAAGCCGUACGUCCGGCCCGGCGAUAAGGUCUUCAUCAACGGUGGCUCCGGCGGCGUCGGCACCUUUGGCAUCCAGAUCGCCAAGCUGCUGGGCUGCCACGUCACCGUGUCGUGCUCGGCCGCCAAGGCCGCGCUGUGCCGCUCCCUCGGCGCCGACGACGUCAUCGACUACACGGCCGCCGACGUCGUCGCCGAGCUCGUCGCCCGCGGGCGCGUCUUCAGCCUCAUCGCCGACAAUGUCGGCUGCGACCCGCCCGGCCUGUACGCCCGCGCCGCCGGCCGCGUCCUCCUCCCCGGGGGCGUCUUCGUCAUCGUCGCCGCCGGUCGGCACAUUGGCCACGCGGUCUCGGCCGUCGCCACCCUGCUCCGCCCGUCGUUUCUGGGCGGCGGCACCAACAAGGUCGUCUUGUACAUGGCGUCGAAUAACCGCGACGACUGGGAGGCGCUGGCGCAGUGGGUCAACGAGGGCAAGCUGACGGCCGUCAUUGACAAGACGUUUGUGUUUGACGAGGCCCGAGAGGCCUUUGGCCAUCUGCAGACGGGCUCGGCGAAGGGCAAGGUUGUGGUUCAUGUGUCGAGCAAGGAUUGA